UACUAAAAAAACCAAAUCAAAUCACAGACGCCAGAGAUUAAUUACUGCGUUUCCUUGUGACCAACACUAAGGAACAAUAAGAAGAACAAGUGAAGUCGUCCCCAUUCAACAAAGGCGGAUACUAUUAUCAAUUACCAGUGAAGGAUUCAAAAUGAGAUCAGUUUGUCUACAGGUUGUGAAGUGUUUCUUUUACUUGCUGCUGCUGUUGGUUUUCAUCCUAUUCAGUUUUGCUUCGCGUGUUCUUUUCGUAUGAGUCGACUACCUCCUGGACCCAAACUUAGGUGCCCUGGAAGUUUAAGUUUACUCCCUUUACGGAAGGAAUCCAACCAAGGGUACUAAGGAGUGCCGUAUGACUCACGUAACCCAGAAACCAUCUUGCAAGUAACCAAUGAAGCCAAAACUAAUCUCUGAAAUUUUCACUCAGCAAAAUAUGUUUGAAGCUCGAGUCUACCAAGCAAUCCUGAUUUCGUGUAGCCCGUCAGCACCAACUACAGUAGCCGCAGGAAGCACCAUCCGUGCUUCUCUGCCAUAAUGAACGCUGACGAUGAAAUUCGAUCAGCAGUUCAUUCGAUGUACAGCCAACAGUAUCAAAUGUACCAGCAGCAUCAACAGUUCUUACCGUCUGCACCUGCACCACCACUAUCACAUCACUCGUAUGGCGCUAGUUCCUCGGGAAUGCCGGUUACCUCAGGACUUCCACGAUCCCAAUCCCAUAUGGUUAAUCUUUUGAGUGAGGAUUUCAUUGCCGGCUACAUGGACGAGGGACGAAUGUCAGUUGUUCGCAGAUUUUUCUGCCUGUUUGUUACCUUCGAUGUUGUUUUCAUCUCACUGCUGUGGAUCAUUUGUGUGAUGAUAACCGGUGAUAAUAUCGUUCACGCUCUGCAAACCCAAGUCGUCCACUAUACCAUCUACACAUCGCUAUUCGACGUCGUUGUGUCUGCGAUGUUGCGGUUCUUGUUUUUAAUCUCGUUUUAUGGAUUGUGUCAUCUGAAUCAUUGGAUUGUGAUCGCGCUAUCCACUACCGGUUCGUGCGCCUUUUUAAUCUACAAAGUGUUUGUGUACAAUUGGACAGCGACACCACAGCCCGUUUUUGAGGUUCUGCUGAUCGUUGUUUCGUUCGUUCUUGCAUGGGGAGAAGCAUGGUUCUUAGAUUGCCGCGUGAUACCCCAGGAACGCUACGCUAGGAACUACUAUGUCGCACUAACCAAUCCAGCGGCAGAAUCAAGAACUCCUCUGUUGGCACCGUUUCUUAAUGCUGCACUUAGUGGGCGAACCGAGAGUGUGGGAAAUUUCUACUCGCCCUACGAUUCCAUCCACAACAGUGACGACGAGGAAGAUGCACAGGAUGAGGAGUUCAAAAAAAUGGGCGUCGAAUGUGUUCGCAAGGCGUAUGGUUUGCUCGAGACUACGGAUUGGAAGGUUGAAAAGAUUACUUCCAAAGGAGAUACCAUUCAAAGUUGCAAUCAGGAUAGUGUGGGGAAAAUCUACAAACUCACGGCCAAAAUCCACUACCCAGCUAAAAAGUUGCUCCAAGAGCUGUACUAUAAAAUCGAAGAAGUUCCCAACUGGAAUCCUACGUUGCUGGAGUCGAAGAUUAUUCGGAAAAUUGAUAGUCAUACGGAUAUUACGUAUCAGGCCACAGUUGGUGGUGGAGGAGGUGUGGUGAAGUGUCGUGACUUUGUGAAUCUUAGAUGUUGGCAGUUGUGUCGUGACGGACGGGUCAUCGAGGGCGUGGAUUUGCAUCCAACGAAUUCCCAAGCCCCCUUUCUGACUCCCGUUACCGAGGAGGUCAAUGACGAUGACGACGUCAUAGGUGAUGGACAGGAUGACGCUGACAGCGAUGACGAGUGUAUACUGAAUAAACCGUCACCGAAAAUAACCAAAUCGUGUAGUGAAUUUAAGCUAGAAACCAGUAGUGUAAGUGAUAACAACGAGCAGAAGACCAAGACGGCGUUUUCUACGCUUAGCAAGAGUCUUGGUGCGCAGGACUUCCAGCAUGGUGGUGGUGCGAAUUCCGAUCCAGAGGAUGUAUUCUCUGACGCACUGACGGAGCACCUGGAUCGAGUGAAUGAAUCUAGGGAGGUGGCUGCGAUAAGCCGGAGACGCCCAAGGGUGGACGAUGAAGUUCAGAAGGGUGGAAAUGUGUAUGUCAGUGCGGCAAUCAGUAUCGAGUAUCCGAGUGUUCCGGUUUCGAACAAGUAUACAAGAGGCGAGAACAAAGUUUCCUGUUGGGCGAUGCGUGAGAUUGAAAACCAAAAAGAAUACUGUAUAUUCGAGUGGCUGCUCUGUCUGGAUCUGAAGGGAUAUAUUCCACGUUACGUGCUAGAUACUGCCUACACAACUCUAAUGCAAGACUAUAUGACACAUCUUCGCAACUAUGUGGCGGAGCUCCGGAAACAAGGAAAAGUGCCUGCAGCUGCCGACGACACGUCCGCACCCAUCCCCGGUGGUCCGAAAGCUUCCUAGUUAACCAUUUAGUCAAAACGAAAAUUCUUCGCAGAUUUUUUUUAUCUCUAUUCUAGACUAGUUAGUAAUAGGGUAGCCGAACCAGUUGGAACACACCAUAUUAGGAACGUAUUGCCAUAACUGGUACACCUACCCUAUUUAUUUCCCGGUUAAGUUUCCAAUUCCCACACAAAUUAUACAAAACCGUGCUAGUUCCUUAUUUUUUCCCAAUACAUUAUGCGAGGCCUGGUCAGUAGAAAAUAAAACGCAGAUGAUAUAUUUUAUUAUGAUCCUUCAAAUUCAAUCGUACCGAUUAAUGCUCGUGAGCAUGAAAGAACGGUUAUUUUAGCGUAAUUCUUCAUGCAACCCAUAGCUGAACUGAAAGUUUUUAUUUGCGAUUGGAAUUGUGUAUGACUUAAAUCAUAAUGUUUACAAUAACUUAUUUCUCGUUGAAGGAGCUUCAACCACGAAGAACCGAACUCAUCUGACAACAUUCACAAUCAAAAUCGGUUUUCUUGUGUCGUAUUUUGUACUUUGUGAUAUUAAUAAAAUUUAUUAUAUACACAAG